AUGAAAGUUCAGGUGAUGCGGAUUGUGUUGGUUAGGUGUCAGCAGGGCUGUUCUCACUAUACGUUCAUUGAACCGCCCAAUCCACCCCCAGACAAGGAAGUUCUGCCCAGUUUGAUUGAUUUUUUAGACUCUAAGGACCAGGUUCGAGAUCAAGCGCAGUCUCUUCUGUUAAAAAUCAUGGACCAAGCGGCCAGUCCUCAGUAUGUUUGGGACCGAAUGCCGGCAGGAUUCAGACAUAAAAACAGCAGGACCAGAGAAGCUGUUUGCUUUUGCCUUAUUUCCACUCUUAAUGUAUACGGAGCUCACGGUUUGACCCUCAGCAAGGUUGUCCCUCAUAUCUGUCACCUGUUAGGAGACCCGAGCGGUCAGGUUCGGGACGGUGCGAUGAACUGCCUGGUGGAGAUUUACAGACACGUGGGGGAGAGAGUGAGGGUGGAUCUGGGGAAAAAGGGGCUGCCGCAGUCACGGUUGAAUGUGAUUUUCAGCAGGUUUGAUGAAGUUCAGAGGUCUGGGAACAUGAUCCUGUCCUCAGGUGAGUCAGUCUUGUUAUAUUUGAUGUCACACAUGAUGAUCUGUGUGAUAGGGGAGGUCCUCUGCGGUGUGGGUGUUGUGUUCAGUCUCUGUGAGAGUCACCACAGCAGACUCUUCAAGCCGGGUCAUAGACAGCAUGUGGACGAAAACAUGGAUGAUGAAGAAUCCAGUGGAUGGGAGGUCUUUCCUCGUCGUCCUCUAAAGGAGAUUCAUCGGUUGCCGAGUACAGGAUCCGUGCGCAUUGCCGAGAUCUGCAUCCAGCUCCAAGAGCCUCAGCUGCAGUUUUCCUAUAAAUCACAGGUUGACACGGAACAGCGUCUCAUUUCAGUGGCUGAAAAAGGGUCGUCCCUUUUUGGUCUUAUGCUGGACAACCUGCAGUUGCAGGGUAAGGAGAGCUCUGGUGCCGGUGGCGGUCGGAUGGAAGAGACUUCAUCCGUGCCUCUUGAAAGAUGUGCCCGCGCGUACAGAUGUUACUGGGGUUUCCACGCCCACUUCAGUAAGGAGGCGGAGCUUCUGUUUCAGGCGCUGGAACUGACCUAUCAGAAGGCGCUCCAGUCUAACCUGAAGAGCUCCGACAGCAUCAUGUCUCUGGCGCAGUCCGACCGCUCGUCCUCCAGCUCGCAGGAGAGCCUCCAUCGGCCGCUGUCUGCUAAAACACCUGUCGGGAGCACCUUGAGCAAAAAGGUAGUGGUGUUUGGACCCAGGACUUUCCCGGGAUUCUCGCGCGAAAGCGGGAGGGGCUCGGAGAUCCCUCCCUCCAGCGCGCGCGCAGCGAGGGACGUGAACGCCGGCGUUCCCUGUCAUCACUAUGCCUGCGUCCCCUCUGGCGCCCCCUUCAGCUCAACCGCGGCACUGGAUGAUAACCACCGGUCCUACGCCUCCUGGCAUCAGUCUGAACACCAAUUUGAGACUUACACAGAAGGCUGGGUCCAGUUUUUUGGCUAUCACCAAAUUAUAUAUGUCUGUGUUCUAGCGGGCAGCCGCUCUAGUUCACCCGGGAAGCUCCUGGCUCGUUCUUCCGGGAGAAUCCCUCGAUCCGCCGGAUCCGCUCGAGCGCCGGCAGACGGACGCAGUAAGAUCCCGCGCAGUCAAGGCUGCAGCCGAGAGACGAGCCCCAGCCGCACACGAAACGUGCGGGCCAGUCGUAUCCCGCGGCCCAGCAUGAGUCAGGGCUGUAGUCGUGACACCAGUCGGGAGAGUAGCAGAGACACCAGUCCGGCUCGAGGGUUCAGUCCACUGGCAUCCCACAGACACUCGCGCUCCACCAGCGCUCUGACGGCCGCUGGCGUCCUGCAGACAGACCGCUUCGGUCUCAUCCAUCAGGCGCGGAUCUCUGCGUCUGUAAACGCCAUGCGGGUCCUGGACACGGGCACAGAGGUGGAGGCGGCCGUGGCAGACGCUCUGCUUUUAGGAGACUCCAGGGAUAAGGUGCUGUGUGACAGCUUCAAAUGGUACAGUGUUUGGGUCGGUGCAUUUUUAUGUGUAACCGAGGAUGAAGUAGCUGAUGGCGGGCUUAUGAGAGGAAAAGCCAGAGGCUACGCUUCAUAUCUGGCUGACCGAGGCAGGCCGGCGGAGGGCAGGAGCUCCUCUGUGGCCUCCCUGCCGCGGGAAAGACGAACCCUGGAGGAAAAGAAUCUGAAUCUCAUCUCAUUAGUGUUUUUGUACUGGUUGUGUGUUUUCCAGGCUGCUCAGAUGGUUUUGAUCGCCCUGUUUGAGCUGAACACCCCAGAGUUCACCAUGCUGUUAGGAGCUCUGCCCAAAACCUUCCAGGACGGAGCCACUAAACUCCUGCAAAGCCAUCUGAAGAACAGCAGUACCGUGGCUGCAGUGUCUCAGGCAUCACCCAGCAGCAGUGUGGGACGCACCCCUCCACGACACCCCGUGACCCGCUCCAGCCCCCUGACCUCACCCACCAAGAGCUCGCAACCAGGACUGUCCCCCAGUCGUUUGUGGGGCUGGAGCUCAAAGCCUUCUUCUAACCUCCCAUAUCCCCACCCCAGCCCCGCCACCCCCCCUCUCCGGGCCUAUCGGAGGGCGUAUUCGCCCAGUAUGCUGGAGUACGACACUGAGAACAUAAACUCAGAGGAGACGUUCAGCUCAUUGAGAGGUGUAACUGAAGCCAUCCAGAGCUUCAGUUUUCGCAGUCAGGAAGACAUAACUGAGCCCGUCAAACGUGACGGCAAGAGGGAAGAUACGACCGGUGUGGAUCCUCGUCUGUCCACUGGUGUGAUGGAGGGAGGCCGGACAGCGCUGGACAACAAGACAUCAUUAUUAAACACACCGUCCCCUCGAUCGUUCAGCGGCCCGUGGGCUCGCGAAUACAACCCAUACAACUACAGUGACUCCAUCAGCACCUACGAGAAAGGAGCUCUCGCCGUGUUUGACGACGUGGGGCACAUCCCAGAUGGUCAUCCACAGGACUGCGGAGAAAACAAAAUCAUGCAUCUUAAAGGUUUUUCUGCAGGACCCAGGCAGCACCUGGAGAUGAUUGGUGAUCUGCUGAAGGAGCUGUCCAAUCACAGCGAGCGUGUGGAGGAGAGGCGGGCCGCUCUGCUGGAGCUGCUGAAGGUCACGCGUGACGACAGUCUGGUCGUGUGGGAGGAGCAUUUCAAAACCAUGCUGCUGCUGCUGCUGGAGACGCUGGGAGACAGAGACCACACCAUCCGAGCGCUGGCUCUGCGCGUCCUGAAGGAGAUCAUGCGCAGUCAGCCGGCGCGCUUCAAGAACUACGCAGAACUCACCAUCAUGAAAACCCUGGAGGCCCAUAAAGACUGCCACAAAGAGGUGGUGCGGGCCGCGGAAGAAAUGGCGUCCACGCUGGCCGUGUCCAUCCACUCGGAGCAGUGCAUCAAAGUCCUGUGUCCCAUAAUCCAGACGGCCGGCUAUCCCAUCAACCUCGCCGCUAUUAAAAUGCAGACCAAAGUAAUCGAGCGCAUUCCUCAGGAUUCCCUGAUUCAGCUCCUGCCUGACAUCAUCCCGGGACUCUUACAGGGUUAUGAUAACACAGAGAGCAGCGUACGCAAGGCCAGUGUGUUUUGUUUGGUGGCCAUUUAUUCUGUCAUCGGUGAAGAUCUGAAGCCACAUCUACAGCAGCUGACCGGCAGCAAGAUGAAGCUGCUGAAUCUAUACAUCAAACGAGCUCAAAGCAUCAACAGCAACAGCAGCAGUUCCUCAGACGUCUCGUCUCACAGCUGAAUCACUCUGCUGUCAUGUCCUCUAACGCUCUCCUGUGAUUUUGCACAUUUGCGAGUAGAUCUUUAGCUGCUUCAUUGAAGGGCACGUGAUUCAUUUAACAGGUGCAAACACUUACAUGAUUCAAGCGCAGCCUGCUGUGGUUUGUGAUCGGGUGCGAUUGUGCUUCAGCAAACAUCUGCUACCAACACAGUGUGUGUGUGUGUGUGUGUGUGUGUGUGUGUGUGUGUGUGUGUGUGUGUGUGUGUGUGUGUGUGUGUGUGUGUGUGUGUGAGAGAGUGUGUGUG